AUGUCGUCCCGCCGCCAAUCGGACGUAUUCCACCAGGUUCAUCCGGACCUUGUUGACCUACUGACUCGUCUUGACCUCCUCUCUACUGAGGAACGCAACGAACUUUCGGAAGCCAGUCUGGCAAGAACAAUCAUUCUUGCACUCGAACUCGCAGACCCCGAGGAACAAGCUCUUCUAGUAUCGCGAAUCAUGCCAGAAGAUGAACUGGCAGCCCAGCGGCUGCGCAGUCCCGAAGUCCAAGAUACUUCCCAUCGCGUCGUAUUGGACCGCGAAGAACGACGAGCGGCUUUCAUUCCAGACCCUUCGGAACCUGAACCCGAAAGCAAUGGCCAAGACUGCAUUAUCUGUACUGAGAGUGCUCACGUUAGAGCACCCUGCGGCUGCAACUACUGCUUGUCUUGCUAUCGCGAAGCCCUCCGAAUAGGCUUUCGCUCCCAGGACGACUUCCCCCCUAGAUGCUGCCAGCCAUUUGACGAAGAAGCGGUUGCACUCGCGCGCUCCCCUGCUCUUGUCCAUCUAUUUCGCCAGAUGGAUGAAGAACGUCAGGUAUCAAUUCCUGAUCGAAUCUACUGCCACGAUGGCAACUGCGCGGCGUUUAUCCCACCAGAUCGAAAAGGGCAUUGCCUUAUUUGUCAUGACAGAACGUGCCUCGAUUGCGGUGCGAGACGCCACAGCGGACAACCUUGCGCCGAAGAAGGGGUGGUAGAAGAUGUUUGGGCCACCAUGGAUGCCACCCGAACCGUCAACUGCCCUCGUUGCGGUAGGAUGAUUCAGCUGUUAGAGGCCUGUAACCAUAUUACUUGUCGCUGCUAUUACGAGUUCUGCUAUUUGUGCGGCGCGAAAUGGAAAGGCUGUACUUGUCCUCAGCACAACGGCUUUGAGUCCAUGGUGCCCAUGCGGGACCGCCCUGGCAUCAAACCACCACAGUUCCGCCGUCAGAUUCGUCGUACAGACGCGCUGGCUUCUCAAGAUGUCGGGACUGGAUCGCUCAGAAUCCCGCAGCUGCGUCCUAACCCCGGAGAAGAAGAAAGACGACGACAUAACACUUCGGCUUCCAGGCGAGUUAUCCGACCACUGGUGCUUCCGCAACGCGAGGAAGCUCUUCGUGAACAACACAUCAGAGAUCGUCGCGCGGCUGAGCUCGAGCAUGAGCUGGAAGAGAUAAAUGCUUUCGGAGGGAGAGAAGAAUGGCGGGGACUAAAUGGGACCCAGAGAGCCAUAAUGGCCCGAAUGGGCGGAUUGUAUAGAGGACUACCAGUUCUGAUGCAACCAGGGAUGUUCGAUCCAAUCCUUCCUGAUCCCUUCCCCCCCGCAGUAUACAAUCGUCCGGCCGGUCCUCAACUUCCUCCCGCCUUUCUUGCACCAAACAUUCACCUACGGGGUGACCCGGAUCGUAUUGGACAUGGACAUGGACAUGGGAACUUGGCAGGUGGACACAUGGCUCCUGGCGGCUUUACCAACCCUGCGCCGGCGAUGGGACACAUGGGAAGAGAAGAGCAACAUCAGCGUCAUGAAGCCACAGUCCGCGAUCAGCGGCAUGAGUUACACACCCUGAUGGACACGUUGACAGAUUUACAACCUCGAUUGGAAUUUAUCAACGAUGCUUGGAUGGAUGAACGAAUAGCGGCGAUGCAGCGUGAAGCUGCUGAGGGGAUGAGGACUGUUGAGGAGGUGUGGAUGGAUCAGAGGAUGAGGGCUGUUGAGAGGACCAUGACUCGUGCUGAAUUUCCUGGCGAAAAUGAGGGUAAUGGCCAAAGAACCCGCCACCACCACCAUCGCCAUCGCCAUCAACAUCAUCAUCGCCAUUGA